GGACGACGACGACUGCACGCGUUCCAAAGUUAUUUUACUUAUGUAAUAAACUUAAAGCACUAAAAAAUACAAAAGGGCUAAAGUUGCAAAAUCCUGCAUUAACAAUCAAAAUUCAACGAAUACAGAACAGAAUUCGGGACCAGUUUCACUACAGCUCCUGUUUGACGAAGGACAGUACGGCAAGAUAGACCUGGCAGUCCGCCACGAUGAUCUGCCUCUGAAGUCGAUCCACAACCUCCACCCCUGACCGCUGAGAGUCCAUCUGACGUGGAGAUAAAAUUGAUUCACAAUACGUUCUUAAAAGGCGAUGUCUUGGUUCUCCAGAAUCGUUCUUGACUUGAACAUCAUUGUCCCACAUGGAUUUAUGAACAGCUCCCAAAUGAUCCGCAGAGACCCAGAGAUCCACAGAGCAUCCAGUCCGAGACGACCUCUUCUUCUGAAUCUGACGCCACUUGCAGAGGUUCCCACAUGAGGAGCACGAACAGCGCCAGUCGAUGUGCUUCAAACAUGACUUUGGAAAACAAUAUGAGCAGAAACUUUGGAAGGAGACCCCGCUUGCCAAUGCUGUGUUUUGGGCAGCCAGGCAAGGAAACUUGGCCUUGCUUCAGCUGUUGUUGAACAGUGGCCGAGUGGAUGUGGACUGUAAAGAUUGUUAUGGGACCACAGCUUUAAUGGUGGCAUCCUAUGGUGGGCAUUAUGAGUGUGUCCGUGAGCUCAUUAUGCAAGGUGCAGAUAUUAACCUACAGAGAGAGACAGGUUCCACUGCCCUCUUCUUCGCUUCACAACAGGGCCAUAAUGAAAUAGUCAAGCUCCUGUUUGAAUUUGGAGCUUCCACCGAGUUUCGGACAAAGGACGGUGGUACCGCUCUAUCUGCCGCCUGUCAGUACGGUCGCACCAAAGUGGUCGAGACUCUUCUGAAGAACGGUGCGAAUGUCCACGACCAGCUAAAUGAUGGUGCCACGCCUUUAUUUUUGGCCUCGCAGGAAGGUCAUGUGACAGUAAUACGCCAGCUUUUGUCAUCUGGGGCUAAAGUCAAUCAACCACGAGAGGAUGGUACAGCUCCGCUCUGGAUGGCAGCUCAGAUGGGUCACGACGAAGUGGUUAAAGUUCUGCUUCUGCGAGGUGCGGACCGUGAUGCAAAUAGAAAGGAUGGCUCCACGGCUCUGUUCAAGGCUGCGCAUAAAGGAUAUGGUAACGUAAUUGAAGAGCUCCUCAAGUUCUCCCCAUCUCUUGGCAUACUGAAGAACGGUUCCACAGCUCUUCAUGCAGCCGUUAUGGGCGGGAAUCCAAAAACGGUUGCACUUUUGCUGAAGGCAAAUGCCGACCCAGCUUUACCUAACAAGAAUAAUGAACUACCCGAAGAUCUUACGAAGAAUGAGCGCAUCCUUAGGAUUCUGCGACCGCCGAUGCUAAAUGGAGCCAGUUGAUGACUGUUGUGUUUGCUCUUAGCUCUAUGUUUAUUGUAAGUUCAUGAAAGAUAAAUGCACUACAGCCUCUCUAGAGAGGUGAAGGAGACCUCUGUAACAGCUUGUCAGUCUCAUAACAGCGGAUGUUUUAAUGGUGCUUGCUUGCAGCUUCUCAGUUCAGAUGGACAACAAACAUGCACUGAAAAGCAGAAUUGCUUUAUCUUUGGCCUUUGUGAAUGAUGUGAUGUCAUAUUGAAAUGCAAUAUAGUUUUUUUUUUAGUUUGAUGGAGAUAUUUUGUAGAAAGAAAUAGUUUAUGUUCAAUGCUGUUGAGUAAUGUUGGAGUGUUUUUUGGUUUGCAAGCAUAUUUUAUUUAACAGCAUGUUAAGGUUUUGGCGUCAUAAGUUCUCUAAAGAAAAUGAAACUACAAACAACUACACUUGCUAUGGACUCUUGCUAUAUUUAUUUAAAAGUUAAAAUAUUUUUUCUUAACUUAUCUUUUGUUUUUGUGAAAAGUGAUAAACUGUAUAUAUGUGAAAAUAAUAAAUGUUUGAAAUGA